AUGGGAACACGAAUUCAAAAAGGAAAGAGAACAGUGGUUCAGCAGUUUUCUGAAAAAGCCUUCCUCUUACAGCUUUGGAAAAUUCAUGAAAAUGCCUUAGAAAGACAGUGUAGUGAAAUUACAAACCAGAGGAAUAUGCUUCUCCAAACCUUUGGGGCUACAAAGAAAAGAGUGAGAGAGGAGGAAGAAAAAUUUAUUAAGGAAAUUACAGACUUCAAUAAUGAGUAUGAAGUAACAAAGAAAAGAAAGCUUUUGAUAAAAGAAAAUGUCAAGAUUGAAAUAUCUGACUUAGAAAACCAGGCGAACAUUUUGAAGAGGGAAAUGAAGUCAAUGGAACAUGAUAGUGGCCAGUUAAGUGAACUUCAAAAACAAAAGAGUGAAUUAGUACAAGAAUUACUUACUCUGCAGAGAAAACUUAAAGUUUUUGAAGAUAAAAAGAAUGAAGCCAUUUGUACUACCAAAUACCUAGAGGCAGAAAAAGUAAAAAUCAAUGAAAAGCCUCAAAAUGAUGCUGAAUGCUUAAGGUAA